AUGGAUAGUAUGGCGGAGAAGCUUGGUUCUCCGAACGAGAAGGUAGAUCUUUUGGGACAACAUUCCGUGAAUGUACUUACUAAAAGUACCCAAAGACAAAGCCAUAACGAAAAGAGAAGUGAGCGAAGGGCGAGCACUGAGCGCGUUGUAUCGGAUGUGGACAACGAGGUAAAUAACACUGAGUUAUUUCUUUGUAUUUGUAUACUGCAAAUGAUCACAUCCUGGUGGUUUUGGUCAGUAAAUAAAUUGAGAUGACGAAGGGGUCUUUGCAUCAAGUUGACCUAACAGUUACUCGCAACGGUCCAGGGUAUGAAUACCUACAAUAUGUUUCAAUAUUUACCCUGUUUUAAUUUACUGAAAAGGACAACGUGACACUGUUGUAUAGUGUUGCAUAAUGAAACCGGAGGGUUGUUGCUUUAUAACUUAUUAAUGAAAAGUUGAUCAUAUCUGGGGAAGUUUCCUGUAACUCAUGACUUUAAAUGUAUACUGUCUGAUCUAGUCCAAAGUUAAAUGAAAUAAAACAUGAUAUCCAUGUCCAUACUGAGCUUCAGUGAAAGAUGCUUUAAAUACCGGUAUUGGGAUGUUUUAGAUUAUUUUUAAAUUGUUUUAUCUAAGAUGGAACACCUUUUGAACUACUUUAGAGGAAAAAGAUGGUGAUAGUUAACUCCCGACAGCUUUGCACUCUAAAGCAAAAUAGAGCUAUCAUCGAAGAAGAAUUAUCGAGGGCAAUUUCAGAUGUAAAAAAAAGGGCAAGCUAUAAGGUCUGCUUUAUGGGAAAACGAGACUUAAGUCCUCAAUGCCCUUUCACGAAGCGCUGGAGUACUAUCUCCCGUUUCAAUGUCAUCACUCAGGGGGCACCAACAAAAUAUGAGAGAGGUGCCUUUCGCGAGGCCCUACUUCAUGAAAAACAUGGCCUUCGUGUCAGUGUUAUUUGUAUACGCAUAGGUUUUGAGUUUGUCACCCUCCGUCCUGAUGACGUCGAUUUAGAAUCAUUGUGUUUAGGCAUAUUUAGUGCUUAUGAUACUAAAAGUGGAGAAAGUGCUCUUGUUCUUGAUAAGGAAACCGUGCAAGGUAUCGUUUCCACUAUGGACACAGAAUGGGAUAUAAUUUGCCUGAGAGUAAUACUGCGAUCCAUAUACUCCAGAAAAGAAAUGUUAGAUCUCGGUUUUGAUCCAGACAGUCUUCCCUCGAUGGCGGAGAGAGUUCAAUUUGUAUUUGAAGAGAUAAAAAAUGCGACUGAGGCCUCAGCCGACCUCGUCAGGUUGCGGUUGAAUUCCAAGAAAGAAAAGCUUGAGAAGGCGGUACAAGGGAAAGAAAAUCUUUAUCGAAAGAAAACAAGUAUUUGGUCAUCCAAAAAGUUACAAGAAAUCGACAACGAAGUGCAAGAACUGAAGGAAAAAGUUAAAGACACGGAGGAGCUACUUUGCUGUGAGCCUGCCGAUAACAAUUAUCAGAGAAAACGACAAAUGUUGAAGCGCCAGGCUUCCAGCCUCAUUGAGAGUAAUAGACUAAAGAGGCGAAAGUUGUCUAACCAAAGCCCUAAGCUCAAGUUAGAUGAAGAAGAUGAAGACUUCAUUGCAAAGGCGAUAGAGGACAAAUCGUCUUAUCAUGGCAGAUGA